AUGCAUGCAGGCAAUGACUUUACCGUUCUUGUCUCUUCUAUCUCUCCUCUAUGUCGUUUACGCCGACGGCGUCGACGAGGGAGAAAUAUACUAUCGAGGCAACGACUUGGUCGUGGACGCAGCAAGUGGAAACGUCGUAAUACGCCACAACAGUGGGAAUGAAACGAGUCUGCACGACUUGCAACAAGAACUUCAAGCUACGAGAAACCAGAUUUCCUCCAUUUUACCAGCAAACUGCAACGACGUGAUUAAAAAGGCGUUGUGGCUCAAUGUGUCUUCAGACGAUUGCAUACUGUCGCUGCCUUCUUGUUUCGGUGACGGAGAGGUGAUAGCCUGGCAGCACACAACCGGUACGUUUUCCUGCUCUUCCAACCUUAACGAUCAGAUUCUAAGCUUACAAUCCCGAGUAACAACGGCUCGUUCUCAGUUGGAAACACUUAGAUCCGAGGCAGCAUCCUCAUAUGCUCGUCUGCAGGGAUUCAUUGCCUGCCAGAGAGAGGGAAUGAGCUACAACGAGACUCUGGAUGUGUGUGUGCCCAUGGUGCCCGAGUGUACACGCGACGGUGAGAUUCUCGUCUGGAAUGCGGGUGAGAAUCGCUACCGCUGCUCGAGUUUCCUUGUCGACUCCGUCGACGCUCUCCAGACGGAACUAAAGCGGUUGUCGUCGCAAGCGCUGAAGGUCAACCAGAUUGGCGACACGCCGGAAAUGGCGGGAAUCACGUGCCGGGAUGUGCUACAAAAGCGCGGGAAGCUACCGAGCGGAUCCUAUUGGAUAGAUCCGAGUGGGAGUGGCAACGCGAGCAAAGCGUUCCAGGUCUACUGCGACAUGCUGACGGAUGGAGGCGGAUGGAGUCUGGUGACGGUUGUGAAGGCGGCCAAUGCUUCCUACGAGAAGAAAUACCCGGUAAACGGAAUGAAUGAGGACAACAUGUUGGCUGAUCGCACGGACAAGUGGGCUAGUCUCAAUCAAAUUCGACUCAAUCAAGUCUACAACGCAUACAAUGAUACGAUCAUGAGGGUCUACACGUCGGCCUUUAUUAGAUUAAAUACGGGUGAUCGGUCGCCCAGCCCACGCACGUACUACUUGCAAAAGUCGAAUAACGAAAAGCUCGAUUUCGACGCAUUUCGCGCCAUUCGAUAUGUGCCGCUGUGGGGAGUGAGGACGGCAGGCGACUACAAACUCAAUUACUUUCGCGCCGGGUUGAGAAACCCGUAUAAUCACGUGACUCACCGUUUUAUCGACUCGAGUAGGAGUAAGCAGAUGCAUCACUGGGAGCCACACGUCGUGAUAGUAAACGGAAGAUUCUACACAACUAGCAGGCAUGGAAUAGUGGGAGACGUGUUCAGUAACUGCGAGUGGCUCUACGAAUUCAACUUCCUUUCUUCUAGCCACGAGUCAUCCCAAUUGAAUUGCAGAGCAGACGCUGUUGUUUACGGGAAAAUAUGGAUCAAGUAAAAAUUUAAAGUUGGAAUAGAAUAUCCUGCAAAUGCGUCUUACAUAUCAAAAAUUGAAUUAAAUAAUAAUAAUAACAAAUUUAGCAUUUUUCCUAGGUGAUCGAACUUGUUACAUUAGUAUUUU